AUGAGAUCAAUAGGAUUAACAGGAUUGUUAGCUGUGUGUUAUGCCAUAGGAUUAGUACACGCGGUAGACUCGGAAGGAUGUUAUUCAUCGGUUCUGAUUGCAGAGAGUAAGGGAACAGAGCAAUAUGCCAGUUCGUCCACUUGUUCGGAGCAAUGUCUGGAUUAUGCAUGGUUUGCAUUAAAAAACGGGGGUCAGUGCUACUGUUUGAAGCUGAAGCCUUCGGACUCCACCAGUUCUUCAAGCUGUAACGUGGAGUGUAACGGAUAUGGAGAUGAAAUGUGUGGUGGUAAAAAAGCGUACAGUUUGUAUGCGGGAGUGGGUACUGAAGGACUGGGAAGCAGUGAUUCGAGCAGUCUGAGCUCCUCAUCAUCGCUGUCUUCCUCGUCUAGCAGCAGCUCAAGUGCAACCCGAACAUCCACAUCUACUUCAUCAUCGUCAUCAUCAUCAUCAUCAUCAUCAUCAUCUUCUUCUUCUUCAUCAUCUUCUUCGUCAUCAUCAUCCACAACUGAAUCAGCAUCGCUGUCUUCAGAAGAUUCGACCACUACAUCAGAAUCCAGCUCAUCAUCUUCAGAAGCUCCAACACAGACCACCGUGGUGACCCAACUGUCAUCACAAGGUGGUAAGGUUGUCUACAAAACCAAGACAAUGAGCCCUUCGGCUACUGCAACCUCGUCCAGCUCUUCCACAAGUGCCAGUUCCGACAAAUCACAGAAGAAGGACUCUGGAUCGAAUGUGGGAGCUAUCGUGGGAGGUGUAGUUGGUGGUGUAGGAGGUGCUAUUCUUCUCGGAGCAUUAGCAUUCUUUUUCAUCAGACACCGUAAUAGUCAUGAAGAAUCAGAAGAUGAAGAAGAAUUCUACGAUAAACCUAGUGGGUUAUCUAGUGCGGGAGGAACGAGCAGGUCAAGAAGUAAGAAGACUCUGUCUCCAUUAGACAUGCCUAUGUCUAACCCAUUUACUGAUCCAACUGACACUGCAGCUGCAGGAGGAGGAAAUAAUGCUGGCUUGGUUGAUCCUAGAUUAAAUCCAAUCAUGAUGGGAAGAAGAAGACUAUCUGAUGGCUCUUUAGCGGACGAAACAGACUAUUCCAGAAAAGUUCUACAGGUGGCAAAUCCUGAUGACUGA